CUGAGUGGUGCGGUGAUGGCGUGUGGGGUCCCUUGUUCCUCUUGGUCUGGCAGGUCUCUGUCUCUUGUCGUGCUGCUGUUAGCAGUCUCGAUCGUACUGCACACGGCAGUCGGAGAAAGGCAACUGAAAUUCGUCACCCUGCUUUAUCGCCAUGGUGACAGGUCUCCAGUCAGGGCCUAUCCCACUGAUCCAUAUCAAGAGAGUGCCUGGCCUCAGGGAUUUGGUCAGCUCUCCCAGGAGGGAAUGAGGCAGCAUCUAGAGCUGGGGCAGCUCCUGAGGAGACGCUAUCAUGGUUUUCUCAAUGAAAGUUACAAUCGGAAAGAGAUUUCAGUCCGUAGCACGGAUUAUGACCGGACUCUGAUGAGUGCAGAGACUAAUCUGGCGGGGCUGUAUCCCCCUAAUGGAUCUCAGAUCUUCAACCCCAACAUCCCCUGGCAGCCCAUUCCUGUCCACACUGUUCCUGAAGGAGAAGACAGGCUACUCUCAUUUCCCAUCCCAGACUGCCCUCGCUAUGACCUCCUGAUGAACGAAACAAAGCGAACGGACGAGUACAUUAACUUGUUGAAUAGCAACAAAGAGUUUUUGGAGAUGGUGAGGAAUAAGACGGGGUUGAAGGAUGCCACUGUGGAGUCGGUGUGGAGCGUCCAUGAUACACUUUUCUGUGAGGCAAAGCACAACAUGACCCCUCCUUCCUGGGUGACUCCGGAGGUGAUGGAGCAGCUGAGGAAGCUGAAAGAUUACAGCUUUGAGCUGAUGUUUGGAGUUUACAAGAGGGAGGAGAAGACGCGUCUCCAGGGAGGUGUUCUUCUUGGGCACAUUGUAAAAAAAUUGUCAGAUGCGGCAAAGUCUUCAGUUCCGUCUCCGAAAUUAAUGAUCUAUUCAGCGCAUGACACUACAGUCGUGGCCUUGCAGUCAGCGUUGAAUGUUUUCAAUGGGAAACAACCCCCCUAUGCUUCCUGCCACUUUUUUGAAUUGUACAGAGAAGGCAAUGGGUCUUUCACGGUGGCCAUGUUCUAUCGAAACCACACCGAGCAGGAGCCUUACCCUGUAAGUUUGCCUGGCUGCUCCCAGUUCUGUCUCCUGGAGGAUUUUCUCAGAGUCACCAAGUCUGCCAUCCCAGAGAACAGGGAGAAGGAAUGCCAGGUGGCCAGAACAAUGAAGGACACGGAGGUGAUUGUGGGACUGGCGGUGUGCGGCUGCCUGCUCUUCCUCCUCAUCGCGCUGCUCCUUACCGUGCUGUUCCGGCAGAGGGAUGCUCAAGAUGGAUACCGCCAUGUUUUAAACGAGGGGGAUGACCACUCCUGACAAUCAUUGGCGCUGCUCGGGAAACGGGAUUGCUGGGAUAGCGAAGAGGACCUCUAGAAUUUGCGGGGCACGUGUCCCGUGAGUUCCACAGCAAGGAGGGAACCCUAAGUUUUAACAUGACACUCCUCAUGUCUUUGGUUGGUGCCACAGCCACUUAGCAGAAGACAAGGCUGUUUCUUCAAUGGCUCAGAUUGGGUUAGUAUUGGGCGCCACCUAGGCACAAACACUUAGGAAUCGAGUUUCCAGUCUUUCGUGUGGCAUUGAUCUGUUUGUGAUCCUGCUUGCUUUUAAAGAAAAUCAAGAUGUAGAUAUUCUGAUUCUGUUUUAAUGCAAUGAACAUGCAAGUUUGGGGACCUUUUUAUUUUUUUUAUAAUAAAGGCACGCAAAAGGAGAAAAAAACAUUGUAGGGAUUUUAUCUUGAUUUAAUUUUAUGAACGUUCAAUGUUAACAAGUUCAAGUGUUAAUCCACAGUGAGGGGUGGGUAUUCAUAAGAUGUGUUAAUAUAUCAGUAAUAUGGUCAUCUUCCCUUAAUAAGAUAUUGUGAUUUUAAAUGGGAGACAUAGAAUUUCAGUAGUGUCUCAAACUUGCAACAAUUGCAAUAGAUUUUACAAUUAAGAGUCCUGUACCAUUACAAAAAGAAUUUUGGAAUCUUAAGAGUUAGGUCUACUAUGUUUUUUUCCAAUUUUGUUCUGCAUGAUCUUGAUAUAAUUAUAAGAUGAUCAGAAAACAAAACCUGAAUAAUGGACUACAGUGCUGAAAUUUGCACCAUAAGGGAAUGACAGCAUCUUGCAGUGAAAGGACCAGGAGCACGCAGGACUCCCUGGUGGACGAAGGCGUGCGUGUCCGUCUUUCUGUUUACAGUGUAGUUCCAGCAGAUGGAUGAGUCAGGGAGUAGUGUUGCUGUCUAUUUACAAACAGGGAAAUUUCAGUCAAAGGUAUUGGAAAAUCCUUAAGAAGACUGAUGAUGCAUGUGACCUGAAAAUUGUAACAGUACGGGAAGUCUUUCUCCAGGAGUCAGCAAUUCCUUGCUUCACUAUAUAUAUAUAAAAAAUGCUUUUCACAUCUGGGACUUUCCUUUGCGGUAGUAUUCUCUCCGUUUAGUUCCAUGAAUCCAAGUGGACAAACCACUUAAAAGGCAAAAAAAAAUCAAAGUAACUCACUGGCCACAUCAAUUUUCUGAUGCUGAGCAUCCUCACACAGUGUUUACUAAUGUGUAAAUCCUUCUGCUUUUUCUUUGACUGUAUAAGGUCUCUACGCUAGAGAGGAAUAGUCCCCUUGACCCAAAUCACCGGAGGUGUCUGAAUAAGAAACUGAUGAGUUACUAAAUGUACUGUUUAUUCUUUAUGACAAUUUUAAGUCACCUUUUAGAGCUGAACUGUUUAAUUGCUUUUUUCAUUCUUAGCUUUGUUAGCUUUAUUUUAGCAUAAUCAAAGGGAGAUGUCUCAGCUGUAAUGCUUUGUGUUUGGAGGUACAGUUGCUUCCUACAGUUUAUCUUCAUCAAACAUUUAAUGCCAGCUUUGAGUUGCAUCCCACUGUCCUCUCAGUUCUCAUCUUUCUUCAUCUGCAUAUAUCUGAGCUUGGCCAUAUAACUACUUCUAAAGACCGAUCCCCAAAUCCUCAGCCUUGUUCUAAUUAGGUCUGACUCAUUCAGAGAGCAUUUCAAUCGUCGUUUUAGGUCCUGUGCAAGGUCAUGUAUAGAGUUCUGACUUGGUGGAAAAAAAGGAACAAAUUACUUUUGUUUUGGCCAAAUUUUAUUAAUGUUCUCAAUCUCAAAAUCUCCUGUGAUAUCCUUUUUAUUGUUUUAAAUGGAAUUGCUCAUUAAGGAUUGUGGUUUUUUUUCCUUAACAAAUGUAAUACAAAGAAUAUCUUCAUACCAUUUAUUCGCAGCACCACGCAGGAAGUAAAUGGAUUAAGUUUAAUUCUUUUGGACCAAUUAACUAUAUUGAUAUUGGCACACAGUCUUUAAGUUACCGUUUCUGUUGGAACAAGACAUGGAAAGUGCACAAGGUAAUGUUAAAUGUGAUUCCCUUUAUCUGUUAACAUUUCCUUUGCACAAUGUACGAUGUUCUGUAGAAUUAAUACUGUCCAUAAAAUGUUUUUUAAGUGUG